AUGAAAAUCACUGUUGCAAUUCUAGCUCUGGUCGCUGUCAUCCAUGCUGAAGAAGCAUUGGCUUCAGACAGCGAGAAGGGUAUCCUUCGCUCCACCAUCAUCAAGAAUCCUCGUCAGUCAAAUCCAUUGGAAGUUGCAAGAAAGCGAUAUCAAAUCCUCAACAAGCGAAAAUUGAGCAAGCGGGACCCUUUCAAUGCUGCUCUGUACAAUGACCAAGGCUCUCAAUACCUCAUCGACGUUGGCAUCGGAACUCCAUCUCAGCAUUUCGCUGUGACUCUGGACACUGGCAGCGCUGACCUGUGGGUGCCUUCCACUCAAUGCCCUGCCAGUUCCUGUCCAUUCUAUAGAUUCGACGCUUCAAAUUCAUCCACAUUCAAGACCCUCAGCAAGCCCUUUGGUAUUCAAUACGGUAUUGGUAGCGUCAAUGGUACGUACGCGACUGAUACUGUCUCAGUUGGCGGUGCAUCAAUCCCAAAUCAACAGUUCGGUCUAGCUUCCAUAACCGAAGACAUCAUGCAGCCUAAUCCUUCGGCUGGUGGGGUUGGCUCAAACACGCCAGAGCCCUUCAACACAUCAACUACCAAUGUAGAAGCCAACGGUAUCCUGGGUCUCGGCUAUCCGUCCUUGACGCAAGCCAAUACUCAAGGCGAAGGCGCCUACAAUCCUUUUGUCUUUAAUCUGGCUGCUCAGAAAGUCAUCAAGGAGCCCAUUUUUUCCAUCUUUCUAAACAGCAUCUCAGAGCCCAACUGGUCUGGUGAGAUCAUUUUUGGUGGCAUUGAUCAGUCCAAAUUUGUUGGUGAGCUGAACUACUUGCCUGUUGCCAGUUUGACAACACGAUCCUCGUCUGGCAUCACAUCAACUGAUAGCAAUGCCGGGUACUAUUACUGGAUGGUCUAUGGCCAAGGUCUAGGUGUCAAAAACUCCAACACAGGGUCCAACCCAAGCUGGAGAUUGCGUGAAAUUGGUGCUUACAUUUUGGACACGGGCACUACCUUGACUUAUCUGCCUACAUCCGUUGCCACAGACAUUGUCGCUGCCUUUGCUGGUGAGAGAAAAUAUGCUCUUGACCGUCAAUCAGGUGUGUUUAUCGUGGACUGUGCUACUGCCAAAAGCCCUGCCAUCUUCCAAUUGCAAAUGUCUCAAUCAAGCUCUAUCAGCAGCAAUCCCUUGACCUUGAGUGUGCCCGCCUCUGAAUUGGUGAUUCCCAUUGAUGGGACUACAGCUGAGAAUGCUCAGGUGUGUAUGUUUGGUAUUGCUCCUUUAGGUGGUGCUGGUGGAAUCGGAUCAAACAUGUAUCUGAUUGGUGACUCUGUACUUCGUUCUGCGUACAUGGUAUUUGACAUGGGACAAAAUCGUAUUGGUCUUGCUGCAAAUAAGAACAUUGGAGGGGCAAUUACCGUAGGCAAUGUGACAGCCAACUCUUCUUCUGAUUCUGCAAACACAGAGAGCUCUUCUGCCGGCCAAUCCAUCAAAUCAUCCAUCGUUGUUUCUGCAGGUGCGCUCGUUAUCACUGCCAUUGCCAUGGCUACCUUGUAA